AUGAAUUAUUAUCAUAUAAAAUUCUCAUUUUCUAAUUCGGUAAAAGAAUUGAUCGAUCUGAUUUUGAAUAAAAACUUCAAUGUUGCCUAAUAACAAAUUAAUAAAAUACUUUUCUAAGAUCAAGUUUUUCCUUUACGUUCAAAGGAAUAUAUAAAAUUAUUGCACUAUUAAUCCAUUUUAUAAUUAUACGAUAGAAAUUACUAAGAUGCAGAAAUCAGCAUUCAAAAUGCUAUGUUACAAUCGAAAUACAUAAAUGAAAAAACAUAUCAUACUUAUUUGUAAAAUAUUCAAUAGAAAUAAGAACUUUGUAUUAUUAACUAAUUUCUUAUACUAAUAUUAAUGAAAUACACUGGAAAAUUAAAUAAAUGAAGAAACAGAAUCAAUACUCUGAAUUAUCAUUACCAGUUUAGGCAAAAAUAAUGAAUUGUUUAGCUGUAAAUUUUAUAUGAUAAACUAAGAUUGGUAACAUAUUCUCAACCUCUGAUUGUGUAGCAUAAAGUGUAGAAUUAUUAAAGACAACAGCUCAACUUUAUCCAGAUUUAUAAUGUAUUUAUUCAGAAUAAAAUAGUUACUAAUUAUUAUAAUAUAGCGGCUAUUUAUUAUUUGUUUGAUUAAUCUACAGAAAAGAAUGAUAUCAUUAUUGAUAAUCUAAUUAAAUGUUAUAAAUGUUUAAGAUAGAAUACAUAAGAUAUUAAUGGUUUAGAAGAUUUAUGGAUUUAAUAUAAUUUGAUAUAAUUGAAUGAAUUAACAAUAAGAGAUGUAAAAAUAUUAUUGUUGUUGUCUUAACACUUAUUUUCAAAUAAAUAUACUAAAUUAGCAUUAUAGUUCUUGAAUUUAUCAAAUAAAAUCAUAAGUUUAAAUUCUAUAUGUGAAAUAUAUAAAACAGAGAUGCAAUUUAUUUAUGCAGCCUAUUUUCUAGAUCAGAAACAAGUUUAAAAUUGUACUGAUAUAUGUAGAACAUUAUUAAAGGCUGAUAUUCAUCCUGUAAUUAUAUUUAUUUAAUUUUAGAUUCAAGAUCAAAUCAAAUUAAAUGCCUUAAGACUUGCAAAUAAAUCAACUACCAUCAUUUCAAAAAAAAUCGUUGUAAACUAAUAAGCUUAAAAUAAAAAGGCUUAUAGGGAAUUGAAAUAAAAAAAUGAAUUUCAAGAUAUUUAAGCUAAAGAAUAAGAAUUAUUAAAAUAGUUCAAUCUUCAAAAACCAUCUGCUUAUUACUAUUAAUUUGAUUCUGAUUUCAAAGAAAUAUUUAAUAUUAAAUUUAUUGAAAUCGAUAUUUUAUUAACCUUAGCAAAACAAUUUAAGUGA